AAUAGCUGAUUUACUUUCCUAUAAAUACCUUCUCUUAUAGUCCACUUUCCACCAUCAAAUUAUCAAAUCAAUCCUCUCUCUCCCUUAAUACGAAAGAUAUCACUCACAUCUUCCUCCACACCACAAUUUUCAGAAAUCAAUGGCUACAGCUGAGGUUCAAUCCGUACCGGCACCAGUCCCGGAGACUCUGCCAAAGGAGGAAGUGAUCGCCGUGGCGGAGCAAGAGACGGUGGUGGCGGAGGUCCCCACAGCAGCGGCCGACGAAGCUGCUGAAGAAGUUGCUCCGUUGGAAAAACCAGCUGCGCCAGAGGCCGAGCCGCCUGCUCCAGAAGCUGAGGCCGAGAAAGCUCCGGCUGAAGAGCCGGCUCCCGAGGCCGAGACACCAGAGGCUGUAGCCGAGGAAGCAAACGAAGCAGCUCCAGAGAAGGAGGCUGAGAAGCCGGAAGCCGAGGCCGAGGAGGAGAAGGCUACGGCUGAGGUGGAGGCGGCAGAGGAAGCCGCCGCGGAGGAGGAGAAGCCCGCGGCUGAGGAGGUGAAGGAGCCAGCUGAGGAAGUCCCAGUUGUGAAAACUGAGGAGUGAGAUGCUAGAAAGAGUGGUAGAGUUGAUGUCAAGAAUGAUCCCUCAUGCAGAAGUGGCCUAAGUUUGUUUAUUUCUAUAUGCUAUUAUAUGUGGUUUUAAUUAUAAAGUUUAGAAUAAAAAGUUAUGUAUGUCCAGUAAGAUGUGUGUGUACUUUUCCCCUGGAUAUUAAGUUCCCUUUCUCUUUA